AACUUAACUUUAACGUUAUAAAGAAGUAACCUAGCCCAAGCCAUGAAAACUCUGAUUUUUUCCUCCCAACCAUCUCUCUCUCCUUCAAGCUCGUCGCCAUGGAAGCCCAAAACCCUAACCUUCCACCCCAAAACCUUGCAGAACCAAAGCCACCCUAAAAGAAGUACGUACAAAACACAUGCAAAUGCAAAAGGCUUUGGCAGUGUGCAACCAGCCACCACAAAAGAAACGCCGACAAGCAAAAACUCCGACAAAAAUGAUAACAACGAUGGCGACGAGGAAGUUCCGCAGGUCGUUUUCGAGAGAAUGCUAGUGAGAAUUAUCGCCGCCGUGGGGCUGCCUUUGGCCACGGGCUUUGCGUUUUUGAAAAUUUUUGACGCGGUGAAGGAGAACCACUGGUGGGACGUGCCGCUUUGGCUACCAUUCUUCACGACCUUGUUGACUUUUGGGACAUCGGCCCUUGGGAUUGCGUAUGGGGCAUUGUCUACAAGUUGGGAUGCAGAGAAGAAGGGUUCAGUUCUUGGAUUGGAAGAAGCUCAAAGCAAUUGGGUUGAAAUGUGGAGAAAGGAAGACGAGAGUAAUAACAGUAAAAAAUGAUGGUUUAAGUAAUUAAAUUGAUAGAUUUUGGUUACCAUAGCUUCAAGCACCAUUAGUUAGUUUUUGUUUUCCCCUU